AUGUCAACUCAUCCUUCCUCUUGCACUACCACCUCCUCUAUGUUGCCGUAUACACUCAUCUCAGCUGAUGCUUCUAGCGACCUAGGCCACUUCAUUAGCAUCAUCACCGACGCCUUCUCCAGCACCCCUCUGACCACGGCCUUCAUCAUUGACAAUGAUCGGACAGCACCUCCUUCCCGUUCUAUCCCUCGAGGGCGUCGAGAGCGUCAUUUUUCCCAAGGCAUUCUCGACAGCGCCGCCUCGACCGCCGAACUGGUGCACGCGGGCAACUGGUCAGCCAUUGCGCUGUGGGAGCCGCCCAACUUUCAGGGCAAAGCAUUCAUCGACUCCAAGGCUCGCCCGGGAGCCUUGCUCAGUGAGUGGCGUGCACGAGUCAAAGCGGCCAAGGCAAAGCAUCUGGCCGAACCUUGUACUUCCACUGCUUCCACCGAUUCCGAGUCCAGCUCCGGUACCUCCAACAUGAACACUGGCUCCGCCUCUGAGAAUUUGACUCCCGAAGAAGAGCCCCAAAUCCGACCUUUCUACCAUCUGUCCUUCCUGGCGCGCAACCCUUCAGCUCCACGCGUCCCUGGCAGCCUCAACGCGGUGAUCAGUCCGUUUCUGAAGCGCUCCCAGGCCGACCACGCGCCGGUCUGGCUCGAAGCCACGUCACGCCAGGCCGUCAAGCUGUACGAGCACUACGGAUUUCGGGUCGUGGAGGAGAUUGUGGUCGGUCAAGGCAAGGUCGACGCCGAGGGAUGGCCUACUCAGGAUGGCCAGGGUGAGGGGGUCACUGCCUGGGCGAUGAUCUAUGACUCUCACCUGAGAGAGCGAGAUUCUUGA